AUGAGGGAUCAAUUAAGGAGUAAGCGCACUGGUUCCAAAGUUGGAAAGGUCCUUAAGCAGUUAACCCAUAUUAUUGAGAACAUCACGAAAGUGGUGAAAAGGGAAAAUCGAAAUCCCAAGCUUGAUGCUUAUAGUGAAGUCUUUAAGAGAGUAGUUGCAGCUAAACCACCUGUUUACUUAGGAUGGGAGGACCCAGCCAGCCUUGAAAACUGGAUUAGGGAGUUUGACAAGAUGUUUGAUGCUAUUAAUUGCCCAAGUGACCUGAGGGUGGACAAUGGGGUUUGCUACUUGAGGGAGGAAGCUGACUUAUGGUGGGUCCAAAGAAAGGAUGAGUUGCUGAAAAGACCAAGCUUUGGGUGGGAUGAGUUUAAGGAAGCUUUGAGAGAAAAGUUUUACCCUUUCUACCUUAGAAAGCAGAAGUGCAUGGAGUUUACCAACCUGAGAAUGGGAAACAUGUCAAUCAGUGAAUACUAUAACAAGUUUAUUGAGUUGAUGAGGUUUUCCCCAGAAGUAGUCCCUACUGAAACCAUCAAAGCUUAG